GGGGUUCUGUAGAAAAAUGAAGAAGAAAAAAAAAAAGAAAAGAAAAAAAAGAAAAGAAAAGGAAAAAGAAAAGAAAAAGCAAAAAAAAAAAAUAUUUUUCAUUUUUUUUUAUUUUUUAAUAUUUAUAAUUAUUUUUUAAAAUUAAUAUUAGGUGGACCACUAAAAAUUUGCCACGUGUACAAGUGUGUACACGUGGACAGUCCACCGUGGCACUUAACGCUGAUUUUUGGACGGAGGUGUGCAGAGCAAAACGGAACCAGAGUUUAGGUAGUUUAGCCGCCAAAAAUUCAGUUUUGUUGGUUAAGUGUUACAAACCGUAAAGUUUAGGUGGUUUAGCCGCCAAUAUCCCUAUUUUUUAUUACUUUGUACUUGUCUUUUUGUUGUUUUAUAUUUAUUUUCAUAUUGUUUGCUAAGUUUUUUUAGAGUUAUUUUUUAGUUGUUUUAUUUUACUGAAACAUAAUAUUUAUAUAUUUUUGAUACUUUAACAUAAUAUUUUUUAAAAUUUAAUACAAUAAAAAUGUAAAAAAAAUAAAUAAAAAAGAAUAUAUUUUUUGGUAAGAUCUCCAAUAAACAAUGAAGUGGGCAUAAUCCGUUGACCCGACCCAUUACUCUACUGUAACUGAGCUCUAGUGCCAUUGCUACAGCUACUAUCAUUACAUUCCAAUUCCACUCCCAAGUUCCAUGGCACAAUGACCCUUUUCGCUCUCUUUCGCCUUAAGCGCCCUAUCGAAACGCCGUCGUUAUUGCUCCCACUUGGCUUGUUUUCAGAAUUAUCUUUCUUACGAUAUUCCUCUUUCUGUAAACGCCACUAUUUCCCACCCUCACAGUCACAACAAUCCCCUACUCAUCCAGUCCCGAAGAAAGUCCCAUUUCAAGCCUCUGCCCAUGGAAGAACGUGGCAAGAUCCUUUCCAUUGGAUGUCCAACACCAAAGACCCUGAUCUUUCUCGAUAUCUUGAUCGAGAAAACUCGUAUGCUCAAGCUUUCAUGGCUGACACACAAAACCUGCAACGAACUCUCUUCUCUGAGAUGACUCAACGAAUGCCUGCUACGGUUUCCACUCCUCCCGAGCCUUGGGGACCAUGGUUGUAUUACCAAGACAUUCCGGAAGGAAAGGAAUACCCAGUCUUGUAUAGGAAAUCAAAUGUUGGUAAAAGUAAUUGGGUUAAGACUGCUCUCCAAUAUGCAAGGGGUGGAACAGGGAGAGAGGAAAUUCUGCUUGAUUGGAAUGAAAUUGCUGAGGAAUAUGGUUAUGUGCAUGUGGGGAUGUGUAGAGUGUCUCCAAACCAUAAUUUUCUUGCAUACACACUUGAUGUUUCUGGUAGUGAACAGUUCAUUCUUCAAGUAAAGGACCUUAGAACUGGAUGUAUUAUUCCAAAUUUACAAGUUCAUAGAGUUGUGAGUAUAGCAUGGGCUCUUGAUGGCAAUACAUUGUUUUAUACCCAGUCAGAUGAGAAUCAAAGACCUUUCAGGGUUUUGUACUUUAAUUUACACUCCAGUAAUACAGAUGGUAUUCCUGUAUUUACAGAGAGCAAUUCCAGCUUUUGUGUAGACAUAACAAGCACAAAAGACGGCAAGUUCAUAACUGUGAAUUCAAAUUCAAGGACUUCAUCCGAGGUUUAUGUAAUAGACGCUGCCAACCCAUCAGGUGAUCUGCGAAAAAUACGUGAGCGUGUAUCUGGUGUCCAAUACUUCCUUGAGCAUCACCAUGGUUUGUUUUAUAUUCUUACAAAUGAUCCAUCGAGUGUAAAAGAAGGAUGGUCUGGUGAAGAUUAUUACCUAGCUAGAUGCCCUGUUGAAGAUAUACAGUCGACUAAUUGGCAGAAUAUCAUCAUUCCGCGAGGAGGUGUAACCAUACAAGAUAUGGACAUCUUCGAUGGAUAUCUGGUGCUUUUUGUUGACAAGAAGGGUAACCCUGCUUUCUGUUCCCUCAGUUUUCCUAUCAAUGUUGAUUGCGAGGACCUAUUGGAGACUGAGAAUCUUAAUACUUGGUUGUUCCCUCUGCCUUCAAAUUCAUGUAGUGUCACUCCUGGUUCAAACCAUGACUUCCUUAGCUCUGUAUUCCGGGUGGUGCUUUCAUCUCCAGUGAUGCCUGAUAUGAUCGUUGACUAUGAUAUGUCACGAAGGAGAUUCUCUGUUGUACAGCAAGAGGAAGUGAAGGGUGUUUCCUGUGAAGUAGAUACAAAAGAAAUUUUUGACUUCAAACAUGAUGGGGAAGAAAUAUCUCAGUACAGUGAAUCACAGACGUGGAAGGAAUUUUCUAAUGCAUACUGCUGUGAAACAAAGGAAGUUGUUUCCUUUGAUGGCACAAGAAUUCCUUUGACUAUUUUGUACUCUCGAGCAGCCUGGCAGAAGGGCCAGUCCCCUGGUCUUUUACAAGGAUAUGGAGCAUAUGGAGAAGUUUUAGAUAAAAGCUGGUGUACAAAUCGCUUGAGUUUGCUCGAUCGAGGUUGGGUGGUGGCAUUUGCUGAUGUCCGUGGUGGUGGCGGGAAUAGUUCGUGGCAUAAAUCUGGCAGUGGUCUGUGUAAAAAAAACUCAAUAUACGAUUUUGUUUGGUGUGCAAACUUCCUUGUUAACGAGGAAUAUGUGAAUAAGCAUCAGCUUGGUGCUAUUGGAUAUAGUGCAGGGGGUCUUCUAUUGGGACCAGCUAUAAAUAUGUUCCCGAAACUGUUUCGUGCUGCAAUUUUGAAGGUUCCAUUUCUUGAUAUAUGCAACACUCUGCUAGAUGAUAAUUUGCCUCUUACAAUUCUGGAUUAUGAAGAAUUUGGUAAUCCUCAGAUACAGUCGCAGUUCGAGUAUAUUCAAAGUUACUCGCCCUAUGAUAACAUUUCGCGUGGAAGUUGUUAUCCUUCAAUGCUCGUUACAGCUUCCCUUCACGACUCUAGGGUUGGAGUUUGGGAAGCUGCUAAAUGGGUGGCGAAAGUUCGAGAUAGUACAUGUUCUACUUGUUCUGAUUUGGUUAUAUUGAAGACAAAUAUGAGUGGGGGACAUUUUGGUGAGGGUGGCCGAUAUGCUCAAUGUGAGGAAUCUGCUUAUGAGUAUUCUUUUCUGUUAAAAGCAAUGCAGGUAGUGAACCAUGAUGAAUAAAUUAAUUAUUGAUUUCGAGGAUAAUAAUAAUAAUAAUAACUAUUAUCAUUCGAGUACA